UGUACUAAUAAAUUCUAUUAAUUGCCAUGUAUCGCAUAAAUGCUUAAAAAAAUUGAUAAAGUUUUUAUCCAUAUUUCCAAAAGAUAUUCGCAAAUAACCAAUCCUAAUCAUGUAACCACGCACUACAUACGACAUCCAAGAGAUAAAGAUCCCAGAUGGAAAGGCAUAAAUAUGGAAAGAUUUGUAGAAGAAUGUGAUGUAGUUAUUGUUGGAGGCGGACCUAGUGGUUUAUCAGCCGCUAUAAAAUUGAAACAACUUGCUAAAGAAUUUAAUCAAAAUUUAAGAGUAUGUUUACUCGAAAAAGGCCCAUACAUAGGUGCCCACACACUCUCUGGAGCAUGUAUAGAAACCAAGGCCUUAGAUGAACUUUUUCCUGAUUGGAAAGCUAAAGGGGCACCUCUCAAUACCCCGGUUCAGAAAGAAAGCUUUUUGUAUUUGCUUAACAACACUAAAAUCCCUUUGCCAAUAUUUAAAGGUCUUCCAAUAUACAAUAUGGGUAAUUAUAUAGUUAGACUUGGCAAUCUUGUAAAAUGGCUAGGAAAACAAGCUGAAGAAUUGGGGGUUGAGAUAUUUCCAGGGUUUGCUGCAAGCGAAAUUUUGUACGAUUCACCAACCCCACAAGGUGGCACUGAAAGCGACCGUAACGCAUUACCAGUAGUGAGAGGAGUGGCAACAAACGACGUUGGGAUAGCUAAAGACGGAUCACCCAAGCCGAAUUUUGAAAGGGGCAUGGAGUUAAGGGCUAAGUUAACGUUAUUUUCCGAAGGUUGUAGGGGUCAUUUAACCAAAAGGCUUUCCCCUUAUUUGGUCAAAAAAGAUGGAAAUGAUGGCUUGGCUCAUGGAGGCACGCAUAAAUCUGAACCUCAAAUAUAUGGCAUAGGCUAUAAGGAAUUAUGGGAAGUCGAUAAGAGUCAACAUGUACCGGGCUUGGUUGAACAUACCAUUGGGUUUCCUUUGGACUACAAAACAUACGGUGGUUCCUUCGUUUACCAUUACUCAUCGGAGGAAGGUGGUGGUACUCCAUUGGUCAGUUUGGGACUGGUUAUGGGACUGGAUUACUCCGAUCCUUACCUUAACACAUUCAAGGAAUUUCAAAAACUCAAAACUCAUCCCCAUUUUCUUAAACUUCUGUCCAAUGGGAAAAGGAUAGGAUAUGGGGCUAGGGCUCUCAACGAAGGUGGAUAUCAAUGUAUUCCCAAGUUAACUUUUCCCGGCGGUUGUAUAAGUGGAUGCGGGGCAGGGUUCAUGAACGUGGCGAAAAUCAAGGGCACUCACAACGCAAUGAAAAGCGGAAUGGUCGCUGCCGAAAGUAUUUUCGACACCAUCUAUCCUCUUGUCAGAAGUCGUCCCGAUAAACAGGCGAUCAUCGAUUCCAAUAGUAGGGUAGGGAAAAAUUACCUGGAGCCUAUCAUAUACGAGCAACGUAUUAGGGAAAGUUGGGUAUGGAAAGAGUUGUACCAAACCCGCAACAUUAAACCCAGUUUCAAUAGCAGCUUAGGAAUAUACGGCGGCAUUUUGUACACCGGAAUAUUGUAUUACGUGACCAGGGGGAGAGAGCCGUGGACCCUUCACCAUAAUAAACUUGAUAAUCUCAAACUCCGUCCUGCAGAAGAUUUUCGGAACUCGCCCCGCCACAAAAAUCCUGAUUAUUAUCCUUCCCCUUCCAAAAACCCUACUACCUUCGAUAUUCUAACGUCGGUCGCCUUAACUGGAACCAACCAUGCCCCGGACCAACCGUGUCAUCUUGUUCUCAAAAAUGAUGAGGUGCCAGUCAAAGUCAAUUGGAACGUAUUUGCCGGACCCGAGGCUCGCUAUUGUCCAGCUGCCGUCUACGAAUUCAUUCCUAUAGAAGACAAGGAUUCCUCCGUAAAUGAUCAAGUUAGCUUAAAAAUAAACGCCCAGAACUGCAUCCAUUGCAAAACGUGCGACAUCAAAGAUCCUACUCAAAAUAUUGAUUGGGUGACUCCGGAAGGAGGCGGAGGCCCCGCUUAUGAUGGCAUGUGAAUUUUUGUUUUGCUACUUGGAAGAAUUAUUUUUUUAAUUAUUUUAUAAUUUUUGUUCCUAAUUUUGUAGGAGUUAUAUAUUCCUUACUAUGAUAAAAACACACCUUCUUUUAUUUUACUAUUUUUUUAUUCUAAUUUUUUUUCCAAAUAGAAAUACGACGAGAGAUCCUUUUUUUGUUGAAGCGAAUUUAAUUCCAAUGUUCAAAAACUAAACACAUAUUCACCAGUAGAAAAAAUAAAUAAUAUAUUUUUUAAAUUUAUAGUAAUACUUACAGCAUAAGUAAUUUAUGCUCGUUAUAUUUUUAUACAUAAUGGUACGAACUAUUUUGGCUCAAAGUUUGCCCAAUUUCUCACAUA